AUGGGCUACAGGAAUUCCACCGCCAACAACGCAGGUGUGGGCCGAGGCCCUGCAGGUGCAGCUAAAGAUGUAGCAGAAAAAUCGAUAACAGAAGAUGACAAGAGGAGAAACUACGGAGGAGUAUAUUUUGGCCUAUCAUCUAAAGCUGUCAAUAUGGUGUCCAAUCAAACAAAGACUGUAUGA